AUGAACAGGCUGGUCCGCUCCGUCAUGGCCCUGGGAUCGUCGUCGGUCGCGUCUCAGGCCAGAGUGCCCAUCCCCAAGCAUGGAGUCGACUACCGUGGGAAGGUCGUCCUCGCCCCCAUGGUGCGCUCCGGCGAGCUGCCCUCUCGUCUGGUCUCGCUGAGGUACGGCGCAGACCUCGUCUGGGGCCCCGAAACCAUCGACCGCUCUCUCAUCGGCGCCGUCAGGCGUAUCAACCCCCGCAACAACACCGUCGAGUUCACCCGCGUGCCCUCCCACCCGGCUCCAGAUGCAAAGGAUAAGGUCUCCGUCAUCUAUCGAAUCGACCCCGCCAGGGAGAAGGGCAAACUCAUCUUCCAGCUGGGCACCGCCUCGCCAGACCUCGCCGUCGAGGCUGCCAAGGUAAUCGCCGACGAUGUCUCUGGCAUCGAUGUCAACGCUGGCUGCCCGAAACCCUUCAGCACCCUCGGUGGCAUGGGUGCCGCCCUCCUGCAGACCCCGGACAAACUCGUCUCGAUCCUUGAGGCUCUGGUGCGCGAGGUCGGCCAGCCCUGGCAGAUCGGUAUCUCUGUCAAAAUACGACUCCUCAAGGACCCCAAGGAUACCGAAAGGCUAGUCACCGCCCUCUGCGCAACCGGUAUCACGGGACUUACCAUCCACUGCCGCACCACGCCCAUGCGGCCCCGCGAAGCCGCCAUCCGCGACCAGCUGCCCAUGAUAGCUGCCAUCUGUCGCUCGGCGGGCGUGGCGGUUCUUAUGAACGGCGACGUUAAGUCCAGAGACCAUGCUCUCGAACUCAUGAGCCAGUACGACGUCGACGGUGCCAUGAUUGCUACUUCAGCUGAGUCAAACUUCUCCUGCUUCCGUAGUGCUGCGGAUGGAGGGCCUCUGUCGUGGCGUGAACUGGCGCAUGAGUACAUCUCCGUGGCAAUGGAGUGCGAAAACAAAUGGGGCAACACAAAGUACCUUCUCAACAUAUUCUUACCCGGCAAGGACAAGGUUGCUCAAGUCGUCAAGUCUUCACGGACAUAUACACAUUGCUGCACCAUACUAGGAUUCACUGACCUACUCCCUGCUGCAAACAAGAUUGAUGCUAUACUCGGCAUAUCGGACAGGACGGAAGCCGGUCUAAAGCGCAGUGCAGAGCUUCUUGGCCCAGCGCUUAUGGCCCCUGCCUUUUCUGCUUCCACUACUCAAGAGGUCGACAUACCGCUUGACUCGAGCGUACUGAGAGGUGAUAGCCUCGCUAACCAAAUCGUCGCAUGA